GCGCACGUAACUCAUGCCGAGCGUGCGCGAGCGCAUGGCGUUCCUCGUGCCCCGCUGUGCCCUCGUUCUUCCACAUUGGAAUGGCGACGUGGCGGCAGGUUCCUAAAACCAAAAAACCCUCCUCUCUUCAACUUCGUCUGGUUCUAACUAAUGUGGACGAAAGGGAAGAGAUACGGCGAUGAUUCCGGCGCGGGACACUCGGAACCGCCGGCAAAGUUCACCAAACUCGACUCCGACGAUGGAAGCGGCGAUAUCGUCGUCUGCGAGCUGUCGAAGGGCCGGAGGGUUACUGUGAGGAAUUGGCAGGGAAAAGUUGUGGUGGAUAUCAGGGAGUUUUACAUCAAGGACGGGAAGGAACUCCCAGGAAAGAAAG